AUGACCAGGUGGGCUCUACUGGUAUUGAUGGUGCUGAUGUUGGAUGGGGUCUUCAACAUCCCAGCCACCCCCAUCCCAGCCUUCCAGCUCUCCCCUCACAAUUUCUCCCAGGCCACUCCAAACCCUGUGAUCUCAGAGAGGCCCCUGACCACCACCACAGGAACCUCAGCUACCCAGGGCCACGCCAGCUCUGGUCCCCGCCUUGGACCACGCAUCACCCUCUCGCUGGAUGUCCCCCUGGGCCUCCUGAAGAUUCUGCUGGAGCAAGCUCGGAUCAGGGGUGCCCGGGAACAGGCUGCUGCCAAUGCCCUCAUCCUGGCUCGUGUUGGCCGCCGCUGA